AUGUUCCAGGCAUUCGAGUACGAUGCCAGCGGCAAUGCAACUCAGAUCGACGCAACUUUCGCUUCUGAGCUUGCCAAGUUUCUCAAAGCCCACAGUUUAGGGAAACGGAUCUCAAUCAUCGCGAACCCUGCAGAUAGAGAAGAUUUCAUUGAGUUCACGCAUCCUAGUGGACGCGGCACCAUCAGUGUCCCUCUUCGCCUCAUCUCCGAUCAAGAGAUUGAGGCGAGUGAACCUGUCAUCACUGGAUGGAGCUUUGCUGUCAAUGAACAUGGGGUUGUUGAAAAGGUGACCACUACUGGGAAUGCUUACCCUGCGGGCAAAAGUUCCUUGAGGACAGAAUCCCAUAUGCCGACAAUUCCCUUGUGUGGGGUAGUCUCCUAG